AUGAAGCCCCCAUUGUUAAGAAAAGUCGAUCAUUCUCCCUUCGCCGAGCACGUCAUAUUGGGUGCCCAUGCUCUCCUAAGGGAGCCUGAGGCCCUGAGGGAGCGCUGUCGUGCUGACGACGGCGGCGCCACGCGCGAAACAAGCCUUGACCGGCGUCAAGGGAUCGACCCGGUAGACAGGAAUUGUUUCAUCCCCCAUCCUCGACACGCCAAGUGGAGCCCUGGCCCGCUGAUGACGAAGCUUGACUGUUGUAUAGCGAUAUUAUUAGCCAUUACGAGGCACUCCCGUCUAACUCCGGGCCAUUAUUCUCGCCCCGAUUCCAUCGACAUACUGUGA